AUGGCAUACAACUCUCGAAUGAGCCAGCAGUUUCAUCAUGGCGGUCAACAGCAGCAUAAUCGAAACCGGAAACCCAAGGAAGACGACACCGAUGCGUUCCUUCGCCUUCCAGACAAAGUCAUUGCGGGAUGUAUCAAUGACAUCGGGAUUCCUUUUACGGUAGCGGAUCUGCUGAAACCCAAUCCCCAACAAAUUCAGAUCAUCUUCGAGUGGUUUGCGGAGCUAUUCAUGAACACAACCCGGGAAACGGUCGAGCCUGCCAUGCUGGCGGCAGCAGAGGAUAUCUGCGGUGACCAUGCUGGAAUUAUCCCACCCGAUUCGCGCAAUCUCAUGGGAUUUUUCGUCUCGCUGCGUAAGCUGAUGAUACAGUGCGGAGUUCAAGAUUUUACGUUUACAGAUCUCACGAAGCCCACAUAUGACCGAAUGGCUAAAAUAUUCUCCUACCUGAUCAAUUUCGUUCGAUUUCGGGAAUCGCAGACGGCCGUGAUCGAUGAGCACUUUAACAAAUCCGAAAACACAAAAUCUCGCAUUGAGUCGUUAUACGCGGAAAACCAGGAGCUGGAGCAGCGUCUCGAAGAAAUGCAUACACAGCAGAGGGAAAUGGAAGGGGUGGUUAAGGAGAAAGUCAGGAGGAACGAUGAACUGAAGGCGAGACUGUUGGAGUUGAGGCGGAAUCAAGAGCGUGUUGCGGAAACGUUCGAGAGGGUGAAAGGAGAAAAGACACGAACGCAAACCUUGCUAGAGGAGAAAACUGAAAAACUGCUGAAAACCCGACAAGAAAGCGAGAAAUUGCGGCCAUAUGUGUCACAGAGCCCUGCGAUCCUCCAAGCGGCACUAACAGAAUUAUCAGAAAAUCUAACAAGGGAUAAAAUCCAGAUUGAUAAUAUGGAGAGGCGAAUGCGAGCAUUGCAAAUGUCGAUGGACACUUUUAGCGUUAUAAGCAACGACGUACAGAGCUGCAUCAAGGUUUUGGAGGAUAUUUCAGCAGAACUGCAGAAAGAGGAGGAAGAAGAUGCUCGGGCAAUUCGAAAUAAGGAUGCCUUGGCUGAGAGAGGAAAUACGGUGAGAGAAGUGGCUCAGACUGAAAGGAUGCUGCAAAGACAACUAGGGCGAUGGCAUGAACGGACAGAAGCUCUCAGGAAAAGCGCCCGAGAAAAGGCCGAACAAGCCCAAGCGAGAAUGGAAGAGUUGCACAACAUACAGAAGCAGCUUCGUGAAGAGCGAGCUGAAAAGCAGCGCGACAUGGAGCGGAGGAGGAUCAGGAUUGAGCAAACAGAGAAGAAGGUAUCUACCUAA